AUGGUGAAGUUCUUCACAGUUAACAAACCUGAUGUUAAUCUGCUUGAUAUACCUGCUGGAUCUGAGAAAGUUCAGUGGAAGGUAGAAUCAAGAGUUCCAUGUUGUGGUAGCUUUAUGAUAAUGCUUGAGGAUCAUACACUUGGAAACUUAAUUACAACGCAAUUGUUACGUGAUCCAAAUGUUAUAUUUGCAGGAUACAAAGUACCUCACCCACUAGAACCUCUAGUGCAAAUUAGAAUACAGACAAGAGAAAACACUACUCCAUUUGUUGCAAUUCAGAACGCUAUUCAAUCGAUCCAGAUGGAGUCACAAGUAAUAUUGAAUUCAUUUAAGGAUUCGAUGAGAAACUAUCCUAUAUACAAAUAG